CGGCAGUGACGUUACGGCAGGAUGGGGCGGGCAGAGCAAACUGGCGCCGCGAGAUUCGAGCCCUGUGUCCCCAGUUGUCCUGGCUUGACUAACGCCGCUUGUGCGGACUGGAAAUAAGCCACCCAACUCGGUUUGAUCUGCACGGUUGCCGCGGAGCCAUGUUGUCACCCGUCGUGGUGUUUCUGAGCGGGACCCGCGACUGUUAAACCGUCGCUUCCAGGCAGAUGGAGGCCAUGGAGGUAGACGCCCCUGUGGAGAUUCAGGGAGGAGGCAGGGAACAGCAGCAGGCUGCUGUUGCAGGCCAGGCUGAGAACGCCAAUGCACCGCAUGUCAUCUCAGACUCCGGCAGCAGCACCGAGGUGGACGAGGACGAAGAAAAUAAUGACGAGCGACAAAUGGCAGCUCGGGGACCUCUCAGGCUUCCUGCCACUUGGGCAUUUAGUCAGAGGGCGCCAGGCAGGACGGCAACCAUGCCAUCAGCAGCUCGGGGGGUGCCCAGGCGAAGGAGAGUCAGGCAGGGCCUUAGGGUACACUACCCCAGCCAGACUGCAGCGCCCUCCAGAGGCUUUCCCGACUUUCUGCUUCGAGCGCCGGCUGCUAGCGUGGCCGAGCCCGAGUCCAGCAGCACCACCGAGGUCAGCGACUCAGACGAAGAGGAGGAAGAGCGGGGAGAAGAGGGUGCAUCUGCUGCUGUGUUGCCUGUUAACCCCGCCCCACCUGCCAGUUCUCACGUCAAUGCCUCUGCCCAUCACACGCAGCCACAGGAUGUUGGUUCAGCCAACCCCAGUUCAGCUGCGGACAAUGAGAGGACAGAAGCUCAACAUCAGGGCAUCCAGUCGGUCUCAGAAGCCUCGGCCUCUAUCCAGCCGUCUCCCGGUGAGGAGAAUGAUGGCGACACAUGCACCAUCUGCUUUGAGGCGUGGACGGCCGCAGGCGAGCACAGGCUGUCUACUCUGCGCUGCGGACACCUCUUCGGCUUCACCUGCAUCCAGCGCUGGUUGAAAGCUCAGGGCCAAGCCGCUAAAUGUCCACAGUGUAACAAGAAAGCAAAGCGAUCAGACAUUGUGCUACUGUACGCUUCAAAGCUGAAAGCGCUGGACAACUCUGAGCAAGAGAGCCUAAAGAGGUCUCUGGAGCAGGAGCAGUCCCUGAGGAGGAAGGCUGAACUGGAGUCAGCUCAGUACAAACUCAAACUGCAGGUUGUCACCAACAAAUAUGGACAAGUAGAACAAGAGCUGCAGGAGCUGAGGUCUCUAAUGGCCCAGGCUGGUAGAAGCUCUGUUCCCUCUUCCUCCUCUUCCUCGGGGUCAGCCACACAUCUUGGCCUCACCCAGUGGGCCGACGGCUCCAGGACGGCUCAGUACAGCUUCUCCAAGGCCGUUUUAGUGUCUCAGGCUGGAGGCUGCAGGAUUUUGUCAUACUGUGAGCCUCUGAGUUGUCUACUGGCCUCCCAGCCUUCCCCUCAACCAACUCUGGUCCCUGGUUGUGGGGUGAAGAAGGUGAGUGUGGUGAACAUGAAGGCGAGUCAGUACGUUCCCAUCCACAGUAAACAGAUCAGAGGCUUGUCCUUCAACAGACAGAACGACAGUCUGCUGCUGUCUGCAGCCCUGGACAACACCAUCAAGCUGACCAGUUUGCUGACCAACACAGUGGUUCAGACCUAUAAUGCAGGCAAACCGGUGUGGAGCUGUUGCUGGUGUUUGGACAACAGUAACUACGUCUAUGCUGGUCUGAGCAACGGCUCGGUGCUUGUCUACGACACCAGGGACACCAGCACACACAUCCAGGAGCUACAGCCGCUUCGCUCCAGGUGUCCGGUGGCGUCUCUGUGCUACGUCCCACGGGCAGCGUCAAGCUCAUUCCCCUGCGGCGGGCUGAUCGCAGGGUCUCUGGAGGGCGGGUGUUUCUGGGAGCAGGUCAGCGAGAACACAUACAGACCACAUGUUCUGCCACUGGAGACGGCUGGCUGCACCGACAUCCAGGUGGAGACGGAGAGCCGUCACUGUCUGGUCACAUACCGGCCAGGACGUUCCAACCCGUCUCUGCGCUGUGUUCUGAUGGCUCUGAACAGAACGCCUCAGCAGGACUCGAGUCAACUGCCCAGCUGCUCCUGCUCUCCGGUGCAGACGUUCAGCGCCGGCUCGUCCUGUAAACUGCUCACCAAGAACGCAGUCUUCAAGAGUCCCGGUGGAGGAGGGACGCUGGUGUGUGCCGGGGACGAGGCUACAAACUCUACCAUGGUGUGGGACGCCGGCAGCGGCUCUCUGCUCCAGAAGCUUCCGGCCGACAUGCCGGUGUUGGACAUCAGUCCGUUUGCGGUGAACGGGGAGAAUUUCCUGGCCUCGCUGACGGAGAAGAUGCUGAAGCUCUACAGGUGGGAGUGAACCAGGACACGAGGACCAGACACAGUCCCAUAGCACAAGGACAGAAUGUGGACUGUGCUGAACGUCGAAUGCUGCUCAACUAUAAUCUGCUCGUUUACACACAAACAUCGACUUUUUAUAAGUUUCUUCUUUUUAAACCAAACAUCCACGUUUUUGAGACUGUUGACCUUUGACCUGUAAAGACAACCAGCGAAGCCUCUGUCAGGUGUGUGUGUUAAUUAGAAACUGAGGUUCUGCUGCACCCUGCUUCCAUGCAAAGGAAUAAGGUCAUGCUACAGUUAUAUGACUCUGAGGUCCAACUGUUAAUAUUUCGUGCGUGCGUGCGUGCGUGUCCUGCAGUUCCACCUGGAACUAGUGAAAUUGAAGAAGGUGACCCUGUUGUCUCUCAGGUGUGAGUUUGUGUGAGCAAGUCGUCGCUCUUUAACUACGAACCAUGAGUCCUGAAAAUUGUUGUUGUCCAUCUUCAGGCCGUCCCGUCAUAUCCUCAGCUGCUGGUCCCUGUCAUCUUGUGCGAAGUGUGAAGAAAAGUCCAAAUUGUUUCGUCUAAUCCUUCACAGUCAACAUUAAGUUUUCAUUAUUUAAUCUGCCAGUCACCUUCUCUGUUGAUUCUCUAAAAGCAUCUACAUCCCCACCGCGACGUCCCCAACAAUGGUCAGCAAUCACAAGACGUUCAACUUAUGAACACAAAAGAUAAAACCUAGGCAACUUUUCACCGUUUAGGAGCUGGAAUCAAUGUGGAAUCAGAUGUAUAUUUGAAAAGUCAGCACUGCAUUAUGUCACCACUGGAGCCAGACCGAUCUGAUGGCAGGACUCUCAUCAUCGGCCUAUUUAUCACACAUAACAAUAAAUAAUUGUGACUGUGUUUGUCCACCAGGGGGCCCUGAAGAUGGCUUUUACUGCGAAAGACGCUUCACUCCCCACAUACAUUUGUUACGUUUCAUAACCAAGUUUAAGACAUCCUUCUCAGACUGUUGCAUAUUGGUUGGUCUAUUUCCACAAGCUGUAAUGUCAAUCAUCUGGUUUACACAAAUCAAGCACAGAAAGGAAUAGAAAGUGCCUGGAAAGGCAUCAGGACUCCAACAAGACAGCAGCAUCGUUUGAAAAGAAUAUUUUAGUUGUGGCGUGAGUAUGAUUAAUUUGUAGUUUAAGGGCUAAAAUGUGCAAAACCAUUGUUAUACUCCUCUAAUGGAAAGAUACCAAUUGUUUAACUGCAGUGUGUCUUGCACAUAGCUACAGAUUCAUAGCUCCAUUCAUUUUUAACCUUUUAUCACCUUUUCAGGCAGCCAGUGGUUUUUGUGUUUAUUGUUGUUUGUGUGGAUAGAUGUGAGUUGAAAGCUACUGAAAACUAGUGAGUUGCUUUGAGAUUUAAGCAGGAUGCCGAGCAGAAACUCGUUUAAUUGUUUUGGGUUGGAUGUUAAGAGUCGUGCCUUCCUGCAAACGUUCACAUUUCAGAGAAUCCUUGAAUCCACCGCAAACAGGAAGUUAGACAGCGAUCUGGUUGCAACAGCGUCACCGCUCACUCUGAGCACAUAUCAUCUAAAACUGAUCUGAUAACUGACUACACUGUAAAAUGUUCAUGAUUUGUACAUGCUGGGAUGAUUUUCUCCUGAGUGAGCUACAAGCAGCGACUGUCCGUACAGAUGUUGAUGGAGGUCAUGUGACGCUCAGGUUGGGCUGUGCUGUGUGACAGCGAGUGGUGAAUUCAAAUCCUGUUGGGGGAGAUAAGAUAACUGUUGCUGCCAGAUCCUGAACAAAUGCUUUUUAAAAUCAGUUUAAAUGACUUUGCAUAGGUUGGAUUUAAAAAAUUGCCCAGUGGAGUCAAAGUAAAGCAGGACUGAGAACAGCCUCGGUGAGAAAAAAACAAAAACGAACCUGAAGUUCUGUCGUCUGCUUUUUUGUAAAGCGUGAUGGGUUUAGUUUUGAUGUUAGGCAUCCCUUUGUCACUCCCCUCCCGACCAGAACAUGAAGUGCCAAAGGACUCUGCUGUUGUUGAACAUUUGUACUUAUCUUGGUUUUCCUUUCUUAAGAAUGUUGUGUAUAUAUGUAUAUUUUCUACCAACUGUUUAAGUACAACUUCAUAUUUAAUAAAAAAUGACAAGUGGAUUUUAA